CGCGAAGGCGUCAGGGCUUUUCCCUUCCUUUGCAUAAAGAUGGUGAAGAUGAAGGUUCGGGGACUUCCGCUCGGUGGGAGUUAAACUUCCGGCUGGCGGUGGCAGCGGUUCCGUGGGGUCGAUAGACUUCGGGGUCGACUAUUUGGAGCAUGUGAAAAGACAUCAGGGACUCGGGUUCCAGUAUGUGGUAUAUUAUGCAGAGCAUUCAGAGUAAAUAUUCUUUGUCGGAGCGUCUGAUCCGGACCAUCGCAGCCAUCCGCUCCUUCCCACAAGACAAUGUUGAAGACCUUAUCAGAAGGGGAGCAGAUGUUAACUGCAUGCAUGGCACCCUGAAGCCACUACACUGUGCUUGCAUGGUUGCAGAUGCCGAUUGCAUUGAAUUGCUGUUGGAAAAAGGAGCGGAGGUGAAUGCUCUUGAUGGGUACAACCGGACAGCCCUUCACUACGCGGCAGAGAAGGAUGAGACUUGCGUGGAGAUCCUUUUAGAAUACGGGGCCAACCCAAAUGCCCUGGACGGUAACAAAGACACACCUCUGCACUGGGCUGCCUUUAAAAACAAUGCUGAGUGCGUCCGAACGCUUUUGGAGAGUGGCGCCUUUGUCAAUGCACUGGACUAUAACGACGACACCCCUCUGAGCUGGGCCGCCAUGAAGGGCAACCUAGAGAGUGUGAGCAUCCUUCUGGAAUUUGGGGCAGAGGUCCGGGUGGUCAAUUUGAAGGGGCAAACGCCGAUCUCCAGGUUGGUUGCCCUGCUGGUCAGAGGACUGGGCACCGAGAGGGAAGACUCCUGCUUCGAUCUCCUGCACGGGGCCGUCGGGCACUUUGAAUUGCGCAAGAAUGGCACCAUGCCCCGUGAGGUCAUGCGGGACCAGCAGCUGUGUGCGAAGCUCACCACUUUGUGCUCCGCCCCUGGCACCUUGAAGACACUGUCCCGCUAUGCCGUGCGCCACAGCCUGGGAGUUCAGUUCCUGCCGGAUGCAGUGAAGGAACUCCCUUUGCCAGAGCCUCUGAAGGAGUACGUCUUGCUGAAGUAAAAGGGGUGGACAAAAGCUUUGGGGGAUUUGGUUUGUGGCACAGAUCAGUCGGCUGCUGUGCUGUUCCUCUCCUGGCAUUUCAUUUGGACCACAACAACGAACAACCAAUAGAUUCGGUAGCUCUCUCAGUAGCCUUGGUCUGACAGCGGCUGGUUGUUUUCACUUUGCUCCUUCAGUGAAAGUGGGCGGAAGAUUCUUCAUUAACCAUCUAUGGCUAGGAAAGCCUCAAGUCCUGCUGUUUAUACCCUGCAGGCAGAUCUUUGUUAAAAUCCUAGUGAAAAUUUCUGCCGAGACUCAUUGAGAGAAGGGGGAAUUAGAAUGGUUGUCUGAAUCUGCUUCUCUUGGACAUCAGAAUAACAGUGGGGGUUGGGGUUGGGGGGGUAGGUUAAUGCCUUUGUAUGUGGUGAAGCAUUCUGGUAACCCAGUUUUCCUGUUUCUAGCUUUGCAGUUUGGGAUUUGCAACUUGUCCCCCAUUGCCUCAUUUUGUACAAUACCUUUAUUGGCAUAACAAGGUAAAAUACAGAUGGACACAGAUAGAAGUACAAGAUUUAGAAAGGAUAUGGUUACCAUCUAUAUCCAGCCUCAUUUUGUAGCAGGAGCUGAACUUUUCCUUUUGGGGACAGCAGUGGCUUGAUGGAUUUGAGCAAGGGAUCUGGAGGUCACUUAUUCACCCACCACCUUUACGUCUUUUCUGUUCACUCUGUUAAGAGGUUCUGCUUAAGGAAGUAAAUGUUAUGAUGUGAUGUCACCCCAUGGGUCAGUAAUGACCUGGUGUUUGCACAAAGGACUGUCUUUAAGAAGAAGAUUAAGGAGACUCAAAGGGGUUUACAAGCGCCUUUCCCUUCUCCCCACAACAGAAACCUUGUGAGAUAGGCGGGGCUGAGGGAGUCCUGAACAAACUGUGACUAGCCCAAGGUCGCCCAGGAGGAAUGCAGGAGUGGGGAAACAAAUCUGGUUUGCCAGGAAAGAGUCUGCCACUCAUGUGGAAGAGUGAGGAAAUCAAAUCCAGUUCUCCGGAUUAGAGUCUACCUGCCCUUCUGAAAGUACUAUUGAAUUAGGGUGUUUGUUUGGUUUUUAAUUUUGGCCAGACCUGUACAUGGGAUUAGAGUGAAGCAGUAGUACAAAAGAGAUUCUAUGCUGCUUCCAUUGUCUUUGCAAGCUCUCACCCAGCACAGUUAUUUAACGUGAUUCAUUCUUUCUCAUCCCUGCCGACGGGAUCUAAAAUUAAUGAUUUGACACUAAGCUGUGGGGCUUUUAUGAGAUUCUUUGCAGAUAGUCUUGUUGCUCCACCUCGACCUUCUGCUGACUCUUGAAACAGUAAGGGCAUUGGAGGCCCCUUGGCUGUCUUCUGGUCUCAUAUUGGUCCACUUUGAUCUGCUCUUUCUGUCUAAUGUUGACAGAGUGCUUGCAGCUAUAAGUUCUACCACUUGUUCAGUUGACCCAUGCCCAUCAUGUCUGGUGGUGGUGCUAUGGGGUGCUUCAGGGGCCUCUGUUGGAAAUUAUCCACUACUCCUUAGCACAAGGAGUCUUCCUCGGGAAACUAAAGUAUACCUGCUCUUGAAGAAGCCAUCAUUAGAUUCUCUGGAUCUGACCAACUGCUGCCCAGUCUCAAAUUUAUUGUUUCUGGGCGAGGCAGUUGAGAGGGUGGUUUUGGAACAGCUGCAGAUAUUCCUGGAGGAUGCCUCAGUUUUAGAUCCCUUCCAGUCCUGCUUCUGUCCUGGCCAUGGGACAGAGACAAUGAUGAUUGCCAUCACAAAUGAACUCCAAAUGCAGCUAGACCGAGGCAGGUCACUCUGCUGGUGUUAUUAGACCUCACCACAGCAUUUGACAUGGUCUAUUACGAUCUUUUGGUCCACUGCCUUGCCGAUGCUGGGAUUUGGGUAUGGCCUUGAAAUGGUUGGCCUUGUUUCUCUAGGACCAGGAACAGCAUGUGAUGCAUGGGGUGGGGAGGACUUCCCGGAGGCAUCCACUUGUUUGUGGUGUGCCACAAGGGGUGAUACUCUCCACAGUUUUGUUUACCAUCUACAUGCGGCCCUGGCACAUCUUGUUUGGAGCUUUGGGCUGAGUUGCCACCACUACGCUGAUGACACUCAGCUUGUUCUGUUGAUGGAUGGUCAGCUGGCCGCUGCCCUGAUGUUUUAGCACAGUGCCUCGAGGCUGGAAAAGAGGAGGUGGAGGUGGAAUCUGUCAAAGAUGGAUGUCCUGUGGUUGUGUCAGGGCAUUCCAGUGGAGGGUUUUCAGCUGGCAAAAUUUGAUGAUGCAGUGUUACAUCCAGCUGCAUCUAUUAAAAGCCUGGGCGUGACUCUGGAGUCCUUUCUAUGGAGACCCAGGUCACCAGUGUGGCAAGGAUCGCCUUUUACCAUCUUCGACAGCCUAGGCCAGUGGUGGCGAACUUUUGGCACUCCAGAUGUAAGGUUCGCCACCACGGGCCUAGGCAGCUGCCCCCCACUUAUCCCACUGACUUAGCCACAAUGAUCCAUGCGGCAGCCAGGUUCCUUACUGAAGCAUCCAGCCAGGACCAGAUUACCCCAGUCCUGUACCACCUUCACUGGCUGCCUGUCGAGUUCCGUAUCAUGUUCAAGGUUCUGGUUCUGACCUUUAAGGCCGUGAGCAGUCUCGGACCAGCAUACCUGUGGGACCGUGACUCCCCAUAUUGCCCUUCCAGGGCCCUCCACUCCUCAGAGGAGUACCUGCUGGAGGUCCCCGGGCCCAGAAGCAUCCAGCUGGCCUCUACGAGCACCAGGGCCUUUACAGCCUUGGCCCCGUGUGGUGGAACAGGCUCCCCAAAGAGGUUAGGGCCCUGUGAGAUCUUCAAGAUUUUCACAGGGCCUGUCAGUAAGACGACCUUGUUCCACCAAGGGUUCCCACCUGGCCAGCUGGGAAGAUAAGUAAGAUCAACUUGGCUUCUCUGUGAGUACAGAGGGGAGGGGGUGGGUCUUGUUGCCAUCUGUUUUUAUCGAUUGGAAUGUCGUAAUGAUUUUAAGGAUUUUAUGUUGUUUUAUAUUGCUGUACACUGCCCUGAGCCCUUCGGGGGAGGGCAGGUUAUACGUAUAAAGAACAAACAAACAAAUAAACAAACCUGCCCUUGA